UUCUCCCGCUCUUUCCCUCUCUCUCUCUCUCUCUCUCUCUCUCUCUCUCUCUCUCAAUGAGUCAGGCUGCACUGAAGCGGCUGUUCGUCUCUUUUCUCGAGUUCCCUCAUUUUCUGCUGUGCUUCAGAUCUUAAUGUGAUGAGCAAGUGAGGUUGUGACAGAAGCCGGAUGUUGCAUUUGUGAUAUGCUCUGCCUGGCGUGAGGAGCAGGAAGGCUUUUGUCAUUUUCUUCAUCUCUUUUGGUGGUCAUACCAUAUCUGGACAGCCCUUGUUUCAUUCAGAGUGGAUACGACUGAGACGUGGACUGUUUUUAUGGCACUUUUUUGAAGAGAUUGAGCAAGUGAGGAGAGCAGAAAGAGAGAAUCUGAGGAGUAGGAGAACCGUAGCAGCCCACAAUCGCUGAGUGUUGCCUUUGCUUAUGGCGGCAGGGCAGGAUUGAAGCGGAAAACGCAUCGGCUUACUUUCAGUUCUAUUGUUGAUCGUUCUUCUGUCCGGUCAGAGAUGGGCAUGCUGGUGUGCGGCAUAUUUGUGUUUGCGCUCUUCUUUCAGUGCCACAGUCACAGUAUCCAAAACUCCAUGCACAGGUUCAAGAGGUUUCAGGAAAAUGCCUGGUCAGACCCUAAUGACUGCUCGAGGACCAGGCAGCCUUUUGUCCUGUCCAAUCCAUACAAUUUUUCACUCGAUAUUCGCAUACCAGGAGUGAUUCCAACAGAGUCUGACAGCUACUACUGUAUGGCUGUUCCUGUCCCCACGUCACGGGAGGCCUACAUAGUGGACUUUAUUCCUCAUGCCAGUAUGGACACAGCCCACCACAUGAUUUUAUAUGGCUGCAAAACCCCUUAUGCCACUCAAGGAUAUUGGGAUUGUGGGAAAGAGCUGGGGACCUGUCGGGAUCAGGCCAAGAUCAUGUAUGCAUGGGCCAGGAAUGCUCCUCCAACCAAACUACCAAAAGAUGUUGGCUUUAAAGUUGGAGGAGACACCAGAAUUAACUACUUUGUGCUGCAAAUUCACUAUGGUGAUGUCAACAGUUUCAGAGAUCAUCAUAGAGACUGCUCAGGACUCUCUUUAAGAAUGACUUCCAAACCACAGCCCUUUAUUGCUGGCAUGUAUCUGAUGAUGUCCUUGGACACUGUCAUUCCUCCCGGGAAGAAAGUUACCAAUGCAGACAUUGCUUGCACUUACAAAUCUUUCCCGAUGUAUCCAUUUGCCUUCAGGACACACACACACAGCCUUGGUAAAGUUGUGAGUGGGUACAGGGUUCGAAAUGGACAGUGGACUCAGAUUGGGCGCCAGUCUCCGCUGUUGCCACAGGCUUUUUAUCCAGCCACCAACACCAUUGAUGUGAAAAAUGGAGACAUACUAGCAGCCCGUUGUAUGUUCACGGGUGAAGGAAGAACCACUAAGACCCAAAUCGGAGGCACCUCCAAUGAUGAGAUGUGUAAUUUCUACAUCAUGUACUACAUGGACAACAUCCAUAGUGUGCCUUACAUGAACUGCAGAGAUGACGGCAGUAGUGAGCUGUUCCAAAACAUCCCUUCUGAGGCCAAUACUCCCAUCCCGGUCAGUCCAGACCAUAUGAUGUCUAUGAAGCAUGAGUCAGCUCCUCAGAAAGAUGCUGUGGAGACUUUGGAGCUGCAGCAGCCCAAAAGAGAAGAGGACGUUCUGGAUCAGGGUGACCUCUAUUCCCUUCUCUCUAAACUGCUGGGGGAGAGAGAGGAUGUUGUCCACGUGCAUAAGUACAACCCUGCAGAUGCGGCCCGAGCCCAGACACGUCUGAUGGCAGAGAUUGAUAGCAUAAUGCAAAAAAAAGACCUGGGCUGGCCACGUUUAGGCUACAAAACAAAAGAGGAUGCAAUUCUGGUGAGGGACAGAGUGCACAAGUUUCACCAGUUAGAGUCCACUGUCAGCCCCUCAAGGAGCAGGACUGUACCCGCCAGACAGCCGACCACAGGGGAGGCUCAAAGGGACAAACAAGGUGCCCAUCUGGUGGAGGUGUCAGACUGGCCUGAGGCGGAGCUGCAGCUUGGGCAGGUGUCUGGUCUGGCUCUGAACUCUAAUGGUGACCUGAUCAUCUUCCACCGAGGAGAUCACAUAUGGGGAAGGGUAUCCUUUAAUAUGAAUGGCAUCUACCAGCAGAAGGAUCUGGGCCCCAUCCAGCAGCCCACAAUCAUAGCGGUGGAUCCAGUCAAAGGAAGAGUGCUCAGAGCUUCAGGGAGAAAUAUGUUCUAUUUGCCACAUGGAAUAACUACUGACAAGGACGAUAAUUACUGGGUGACUGAUGUAGCACUUCAUCAGGUAUUCAAGCUGAGCAGUAGCGGUACAGAUCAGCAGCUUCUGGUCUUGGGAGAAGCUUUUGAACCAGGAAGUGACAAGAAUCAUUUCUGCCAACCUACAGAUGUGGCUGUGGACCCUGUUACUGGAAACGUCUAUGUCUCAGACGGCUAUUGCAAUUCCAGGAUCCUCAAAUUCUCACCAGAGGGCAAAUAUAUCUCACACUGGGGAGCAGGCUCCUCGGACAGAAAGCGACGUGUCCCAUUCUGGAUCCCGCACAGCCUGGCCUUCCUGCCGGAUAAACGGGAGCUGUGUGUGGCUGAUCGUGACAACGGACGGAUUCAGUGCUUCAUGGCAGAUACUGGCGAGUUUGUGAAGGAGAUCAAAAAAGACAUGUUUGGAGGAGAAGUGUUUGCCAUCGCAUAUUCGCCUGUCCAAGGUGGCCUCAUCUAUGCGGUGAAUGGAGAGCCUCCAUAUGGGCAGCCUGCUCCUCUUCAAGGGUUUGUUAUCAGUUAUUCAACCAAGGAAAUCCUGGAUUCCUUCAGUCCAGACACACAGGAAUUUAAAAUACCACAUGACAUUGUUGUUACAGCAGAUGGGAGUGUCUUUGUUGGAGAUGCAGCAUCAGAUUCUGUAAUGAAGUUUGUUCAGUCUGCAAAAGCAGAACAUCGCUCUGUUAAAAAAGGUGGAAUUGAGGUCCAAGAAAUUGAAGAAACAGAAACAUUUGUGCAGGCCAAUCUGAAGCCAUUACCCAAGAUUCCAGCCCAGUCUCCGGUGGCUGUUGUGCAGAAGAUCCAGGAGCCGUCACAGAAACAGCAUCAGCAGCCGCUGGCAGCUCCUGAAGAGAAGGAGAAGCCCCAGACCGUGGCCAAUCAGAGUGCUCAGGGCAUAUCACCUGCUGUCAUCACCACUCUGCUGCUUAUCCCAUUGGUGGUUGUCAUCGCCAUCGGUGUCUUUAUCCGCUGGAAAAAGGGCAGGAUGUACAAUGAUUGUCAGGUGAAGUUGGAGCCAUCAGGGUCAACAGGUGGAAUCUUGGGUAAAAUCAGAGGCAAAGCUGCAGGAAGCCUGAACUUGGGGAAUUUCUUUGCCUCCCACAAAGGCUACACCCGACAUGGCUUUGACAGGCUCAGCACUGAAGGAAGCGACCUGGAGAAGGAUGACGAGGAUGGUACUGACUCUGAGAAUGAAGAGUAUUCCGCUCCGCCGCCCCCAGUGUCCUCGUCCUAAUGAGUGUCGCUUGCCAGUCCUUCUGCUAGCGCUUUCAGGAUGUACUUUAAAUCACCUCUAUAAUUGUUUGUAUCGGCUGCUGAAACAUUUUAUCUUUUGUGUGAAAAUGCUCUCUCUGAGACCUACGACUGCCACUUUAAUUUAUGAUUUUAAGGGACCACAGGGAGAUACAAAACUGGUCAUUUUGAGGAUAAAGACAUUUGAUUAUUAUUUUUAAAGGUAGAUUAUUUAUUUAGUUUUAAUGAUGAACCGCUAGUCAAUCUCUUCCAAUAAUUUAUCAAUCUGAUAGCAGUGCAAUUAAUAUAUAAUUGAUCCAGGCAUUGUGUCAUAACAUUUCUGUAUGUUUGUGCCUUUUAUGUAUUUCGCCUUCUGCAGCACCUAUAUAUUACUACAAAUGUGCCACAUAUUUAAGAGCUGCUACUGUCACCUGUGAUUUGAGUUCAGUUUUUGCAUCUGAAAAAAGAAUAAGAAAAAAAAUUGCAUAUUUAAGGCUGUAUUUACUACAUUUUCAAAGCUAAUGUGAGAUGUGUCUGAUAUUUGUUGUGAUAAUGAGGUUUUAUUGCAAGAAAACUAUUUUCAGUAACAAUGUUAUUUGUGUAAUAAAGUGUCUGCAAAGCAUCA